UUCGCACCCAACACCUGAUUACGUGUAUAUAAACAUCACUGUCAUCGCUCCAGCAUCUGCGACCAGAUUGUCAAACUUCGGUGGCAUUGAAGUGACAUUUGACAGCUCCUGUCAAGGACAAGGGACCCGGCAAACAUGUCAGUGGAAGAAUUGAAGAACCGAGUUCGCGAGUUGGAAGAAGAACUGAAGAGACUCAAGAGAAAUGAGAGUGGAGUCGUCCGAGAGAAAAUCGCCCAGAUGUCGGGGGAAGUCGUGGAUUCCAAUCCAUACAGUCGGCUCAUGGCUUUGAAACGGAUGGGAAUUGUAGAAGAUUAUGAGAAGAUCAGAACGCACACUGUAGCAGUAGUUGGAGUUGGAGGUGUUGGAAGUGUUACUGCCGAAAUGUUAACUAGAUGUGGAAUAGGGAAACUUUUGCUUUUUGAUUACGAUAAAGUGGAGUUAGCAAAUAUGAAUCGAUUGUUUUUCCAACCACAUCAAGCUGGGCUGAGUAAAGUAGAAGCUGCUGCUCAUACUCUCCAGUUCAUCAACCCAGAUGUCACCUUUGAAACACACAACUAUAAUAUUACGACAGUAGAUAAUUUUGAUCAUUUUAUGGGAAGAAUAAAGAAUGGCAGCCUUACUGAGGGACCAGUAGAUUUAGUGUUGAGCUGUGUAGAUAACUUUGAAGCAAGGAUGGCUGUUAAUCGUGCUUGUAAUGAGUUAGGACAAAAGUGGUUUGAAUCUGGUGUCUCAGAAAAUGCAGUCUCUGGGCAUAUUCAGUUCCUUAUACCUGGAGAAACAGCCUGUUUUGACUGCGCUCCUCCUCUUAUAGUUGCAAGCCAGAUUGAUGAGCGAACAUUGAAACGUGAGGGUGUGUGUGCUGCUUCUUUGCCAACAACAAUGGGAAUAGUUGCUGGAUUGCUUGUGCAAAAUGUUCUCAAAUAUCUCCUGAGUUUUGGACAGGUGUCCUACUACCUUGGGUAUAAUGCUCUUGUUGACUUCUUCCCCACCAUGACGAUGCGACCCAAUCCUCAUUGUGAUGAUAAUUGGUGUCGCAAAAGACAAGCAGAGUAUACUGAGAAAAAAGCUAACCAGCCUGUAGAAGAGAAAAAAGAAGAAAAAGAAGAGGAAGUUGUACACGAAGAUAAUGAUUGGGGUAUUUGUUUAGUUGAUGACGAUGCAGGUGCAGCCAGCGAAGCAGCAUCUGCCCAGGCUCCUAGCUUGGCAGAUGGUAUCACUUUUGCAUAUGAAAGGCCUGCUCCAACUUCAGCAGAGGCUGGAGAUACUGUGGAAGUUGAUGACACCUCCUUAGAAGAGCUUAUGGCAAAAAUGAAGGAAAUUUGAGCCACAUGAAUUGUAUAGGAUUUACAGACUAUAUAAUAAAAAAAAUUUAGCCUGAACGUACUUAUUUAUUUUUUGGUAAAAAAGAUUAUUACUGUUUAAUCUUUUGGUUACGGUUGCUGACAGCUCAUUCUUUUGCAACAAGAUUUUUUUUUUUAUACCUUUUUAUACUUUAAAAAACUUUAAUAUUUAUAUUGAAUCUGAAAAUGUGAUAGUAUUAUAUAUGUCGGAUUAUUGCCACAAGUUUGUAAUUAAUAUUUUUUUAAAAAUUUUAUUGAUAUUGAAACUGAAAAUAUGUGAUAGUAUUAUAUAUGUCGGAUUAUUGCCACAUAAGUGUAAUUAAUAUCUUCGUUAAUCUAGCUUACAGAGUAAUUUAAAUAUAUUUUUAUGAAUAUUUCGUAUAGUACAUUAUAAUGAAUUGGAAAGUAAUGAAGUCUUACAUUUAGAAUAAAUAUUGUCCGAGCUUUUAUCCAAUUUUAGUCUCUCUUCAUGAAAGCUCAUCUGUCCCAUGAAUUAAAUCCUUUGCAACUUCUUGAGAUUUGUAUAAAUUAAAGCUUAACUUGUUAACCAAAUAAGCUUUUUCAAGUAUUUCCCCACUGUAUUGUGUCACCAUGACAGAUUUUAGAUGGGGUCUCAUGAUGUUUAAUUUUUAAAACAAUAUAGUUGACUAAAAGUUUAGCAUUAUUUUCAAGAGACAACAUGGUCACAAUAUUAAAAAGAAAUGUAUCAGAUUUAGCUGAUACCUUGUACCUAUAGUAAAUAAGCUUUUCUUGCUGAAAAUAAAUGUUAACAUUAUG